UGGGAAGGCGAAUGAGCCGCGCCAAAGGCAGGAACACGUUCAGCUGCACAGGAGCUGUACAUAUUAUAGACUUAUCGCUGAUCAGGGAUUUUUCUGUUCUAGCUGAGAAGAUAUGAGACGGGUGGUGCGGCAGAGUAAGUUCCGGCACGUGUUCGGCCAGGCGGUGAAAAACGACCAGUGCUACGAUGACAUUCGGGUGUCCCGGGUGACGUGGGACAGCGCUUUCUGUGCCGUCAAUCCCAAAUUUGUCGCAAUCAUCGUGGAGGCCAGCGGUGGCGGAGCGUUCAUGGUUCUCCCUCUUCAAAAGACUGGUCGUAUCGAUAAGUCUUACCCGACGGUAUGUGGGCACACAGGCCCAGUGUUGGACAUCGACUGGUGUCCUCACAAUGAUCAGGUGAUCGCCAGUGGUUCAGAGGACUGCACCGUCAUGGUAUGGCAGAUCCCCGAGAACGGUUUGGUGACCGCCAUGUCAGAGCCUGUGGUGGUGCUGGAGGGCCACUCCAAACGCGUGGGCAUCAUCAGCUGGCACCCGACGGCCCGCAACGUUCUGCUCAGUGCCGGCUGUGAUAAUGUGAUCAUGAUCUGGAAUGUGGGCACGGGUGAGGCGCUCAUCACGCUGGAGGACAUGCACCCAGACGUCAUCUUCAGCACGUGUUGGAACCGCAACGGCAGCCUCAUCUGCACCACCUGCAAGGACAAGAAAGUGCGCAUCAUCGACCCGCGCAAGGAGGAGAUCAUCACGGAGAAGGAAAAGGCCCACGAAGGAGCGAGGCCCAUGAGAGCCAUCUUCCUGUCUGAUGGGAAUAUCUUCACCACUGGCUUCAGCCGCAUGAGUGAAAGGCAGCUCGCACUUUGGAACCCGCGAAGCAUGGACGAGCCGAUUACAGUUUACGAGAUGGACACGAGCAACGGAGUCCUCCUGCCUUUCUACGACCCUGAUACCAACAUGGUGUACCUGUGCGGAAAGGGUGACAGCAGCAUCCGUUACUUUGAAAUCACCGACGAGGCUCCGUACGUGCAUUACCUCAACACGUUUUCCACCAAGGAGCCGCAGAGAGGCAUGGGCUACAUGCCCAAGAGAGGCCUGGAUGUCAACAAGUGCGAGAUCGCCAGGUUUUACAAGCUGCAUGAGAGGAAGUGUGAGCCCAUCAUCAUGACAGUCCCAAGAAAGUCGGACCUGUUCCAGGACGAUCUGUAUCCGGACACGGCAGGACCCGACUGCGCCCUCGAGGCUGAGGAAUGGUUUGAUGGCAAAAACGGCGAUCCUAUUCUGAUCUCGCUCAAGGAUGGCUACAUCCCGGCCAAGAACCGUGACCUCAAGGUGGUCAAGAAGAACAUUCUGGACAACAAGCCCAAGCUCAGCAGGAAUGCAGAGAACAGCACCGCUGCUCCAGGCAACCACACGGCCAUUGCAGCCUUCAGUGUCAAAAGCGAGGCGAAAUUGGACGAGGUCCUGAAAGAGAUCAAAUCCCUCCGAGAGCUGGUGAGCAGUCAGGAAAAGCGAAUCGCCAAGCUCGAGGAGCAGUUGUCCCAGAUGGACGUCUGAAGGACACGGUCCCUUUUCCCCUCCCCCAGCUACUGUUCAGGAAAUUCUAUUGGCCAGGUGGGCGGGACUAGUCACUGCCAGUCACUGCGACUUUGUUCCGCCUGAGACCUGCCCAACAUUCCAAGAUGAACUUUUUUUUUCUUUUCAUUCUUUCAUUCUCCUUUUCUAACCCCUUGUGAACCAGUUACAUUUGCAAAAUGACAAGGAGAGAGACGAAGUAUACAGUAGGUCCGUCUCAAAAGCCAAGAAUUUCGUUUUACUACUAAACCUUGUUCCGCUUGUGUUUUAUUUGGUGUUUUCGAAAGGUGUUCAGCAUUUUUUUUUUUUCCUUUGCCCAAAAAAAAAAAAUCGUGACCAAUAUUCCAAGGUGAUGCGUUUGCUAAACCCGUGUGCUCAGAUAUUUGAAAUCAGUAUUGCGUUCCUCACCAUCUCUUCUUAUUUGUUGCCAAAUUUUUAGAGGAGGCUCCUAGAUGGGCCUCCUUGACAGUAUUUGACCAUAGAUCUUUUUUUUUUUUUUUAAAUACACUUAGUCCACUUUGUACUAAUAAGGGACAUUGCAAUAGGCUGGUAAUGCAAGUGAGGGGGUUUCUUUGAUUUGUCUGACCAUUUAAAAGGUCUCUCUACGAGAACUAUUCAUGUCAUGUUUGAAGCUGAUUUUAACGAAGCAGGCUGCAUGUACAGAUUGACAGAGGAAAGCAACUUUCACGUACUGGAACAGUUUUCUGUUUAGCUCGAUCUUUAUUCAGAAAUGGUUUGUAUAGUGGUGUAACUUUUCAGCAUUUGUUAUUCCAGUGGCCAUAAACACUGAACAAGUCAUGGAGCUUUGACUUUUCUCAUCGCUUCCUUUUUUUUUCUCCUCUUUUCUUCCCCCAGAAACAGUAUCCUCUCAUUAUCCUAAAUGCAUGCAAUAAAGUUUCUUUUUCUAAUUUCUAAA